AGCACCGCCCCAGGCGCAUGCGCAGCGCCUGCCUGACGUCGCUGCCCUCGGGGUGCCCUUAAUGCCGGCGGAGGCUGCGAGGAAGGACGUGGUGAUGUUUGCAUUUGGCACGCUGUGCUGUGACCAGAAAGAAUGGAGUCGUUGGAAGAUUAUGUAAAAAUAAAGAUGUAGAUACCACUUUAAAAGAGUAAUAAUGGGACCGGGCAUUCAAGAACAUCCUUUAUUACUGCACCGAAAGGCACAGAAAAAGGAAAGCCAAAUCAAUGAAAACCACAAAGGAAUGGUAAAUUACAGUAAUGGAAAAAGCCACCCAAGCGCCAAAGGAGUAAAGAAAUCAGUUUCUCAUGUGAAAUCUCCUGGAAGAUUAUGCAAAAAUGUACCAACUACCAAUGAAAAGACUUCCUGUGACACUCAAGAUGAUAACCAACCAAGUGUUUUUAAGAAGGGGAGAAACCAAUUGGAUGACAGUACUCAGUCAAAACAAAUCACAAGUGUUUGCACAUCUCUGCCCAGAGUUGAAAGGGCAAAGAGGAGUCUCCCAGAAACAAGGCAAAGUGAAUCUUUACCGCGCAGGAUCCCUCCUGCCACAAAAAGCAGCACACAAGGUAGCUUCUGUAGAGUUGAAGAUGUCUCAGUGCAACAUUUUUAUUGCAGUAAAAAAGAACAGUUGGAAAAGAAUCAUGAAGAACAUGCUGCUGAAGCUGGUCCGUGCUCCUCUAAAUGGCAAGAAGCAUCUGUGAACGAAAUGUUUCUUGAUUUUGAAUCGGUACAAAUUAUUAAAGAAGAUGCUGAAGAUGAUAGUGCUAGUGAUCUCUCUGAUUCAGAAAGGAUUCCCAUUCCUCCAUCUCCCUGCACACCACCAGAACUCAUACUCAGAGCUGAAGAAAUUGAUCCAGUUUGUUUGGAACGUGUGCCUGAUACGGGUUUUAAAGAGUCAGAAUAUUACUACCCAGACUUCCUGCCGCCCCCUUUUAACUCAUGGGACCUGAAGCAACUGGCCAUCUUUGUUAAUGUAGAAGGUAGAUCUGAACUUCGACCAAAGCCAACCGGAUUUCUUGAGAAAUACAUUGAUCGUCUUUUGCAGCUGGAAUGGCUGCAAAUGCAGACUGUACAGAAUGAGAAAGCAAAGGCAGCCAAAGCCAGACCACAGACUGCUCCCAGCUCUGUACGUACCCUAAAAAGCCCUGGCAAAUGCAAAGCAUUGCUUAGCCCUUUGCCUCACAAACAAAUGGUUUCCCAGGAAACUGUUACAAAACUCCCCACGUGCUAUUCAGGUCACAGGGUAGAUCCAUGCUGUGAAGAAAGUCGACAGUUUUAUUCACAUCCAGGUCACUUGAAACAAUCUGAAAGAACAGGACAUGCAAUAUCUUCUCAGAGACAGUCUGGUGAAGUAAGAAAUGAACUGAGAAAAACAACUGCAAAGCAACAGCUUCUCAAUAUGCAGCCAUCUGAGAACAAUUCUAAAAUUCAAAGUGUUGGUAAUAUCAGACCCCCUAAACAAGCACCAGCAUUUCAUGGUUCAGCUGCUCCUAUCAAAGGCUUAAAAACAUAUGCAUGUACAAACACAAAGAAAAAUGGCAAUGCUAACAAUUAUGUUCCUUCUAAAAAAUCAGCUGGGGACAGAAAAAUAAAAACAAAUGGCACAAAGCAGACAUCACGGAAAUUUAAGUGAAGAGCUUAUUAGUUGAUGUUUCUUGACUGCUAGAAAGUGUUUGGCCAAUGCAGAAGGGUCAUGUUAUCUUCAUAGGAAGAUCCUGAGAAAAUACAUUCUUGAUUCAUGGUUCUAAGUCAGCACUGUUCAUUUCAAUACCUUUGAUCUUAAGCCAGCAAGGCCAGCAGGAAAUCUUUUCCCUGAAGGCAAGUGUCUUCCAUUGGUCUUUCCUUGAGCAUAUUGACAAUUGCUCAAGAGAAUGAAAGUUUAGAGAUAUACAUAGUUACAAAACAUCCUCCUAUUUGCACCAAUUGAAGCUUGUUGAAGUCUGUAGCGUUUCUUCUGCACUCCUUUUUGUGUAUUUGAGAGAAUAGGAUCUGAGCUCUUUAAAAGAGAUGUUAUUUUGUGACAGGUUUCAUAGUGUUUUAUUCUGAUAGGAAAAGGCUCAAUUGUUUUUAUAAAAUAAUGGAGCAGCUUAUCUAUGCAAAGUCAAACUAAUUCUUCAUAGGAGAUGAUGAAUUUUUGGAUGAAUUGGAUGUGUUUUUUUGCUAGGAAGAGGAAUGGAAAUAAUGUGUUGGAAUAUUUUAAUACUAAAAGGAUUUUUUUAAAGACAGACCUUUGUUAGAGAGCAGACAGCUUCAAUAGUAGCAGAUUAAUAAAAUCAAAUGCAUAUUUUUCUACCCAGAAAACUUCACUGUUUACAGACAGCGUUCCUUCAUGUUCAUUUUGUAAACCUUGAAAAUCUCAAAUUGCACAUGGAUAUUGAUGACUAAUGCAAAAUGAAAAUAUUACUGCA